GGCUCCAUCCGAGGGCAUCGCGGCCGCGCGCCCCGCGGAGCCGCCUCAGCGCUAUAAGAGCGGGAAGGGGGGGGUGACACACACACACACACACACACACACACACACACACGCGACAACUGGGCGUGCGCCUGCGCCGGGGACACAGGAAUGUCAUCCAUUAAGAUUGAGUGCAUCGGCAGCGAGGGCAACAGGCUUGGGGAGUCGCCUGUCUGGGAUGAGAAGGAGAGCGCCCUUCUCUAUGUGGACAUCACGGGUAGGAAGGUGUGCCGCUGGAGCUCUGUCACCAACCAAGUGCAGGCCAUCUCAGUGGAUGCUCCUGUGAGCUCCGUGGCUCUCCGAAAAUCUGGGGAUUACAUCAUCACCCUUGGAACCAGGUUUGCUGCUUUGAAAUGGAAAGAACAGCAGGUAACCACCAUUGAGCAUGUGGACAAGGAUAAACUGAACAACCGAUUCAAUGAUGGGAAAGUAGAUCCUGCAGGGAGGUAUUUCGCAGGUACAAUGGCUGAGGAGAUUCGACCUGCAGUGCUGGAAAGACACCAGGGUUCUCUCUAUACGCUCUUCUCCGACCUCUCAGUAGUGAAGCACUUUAAUCAGGUGGACAUUUCUAAUGGGCUGGACUGGUCACUGGAUCACAAAACCUUCUUUUACAUUGACAGUUUGUCCUACUCCGUAGAUGCCUUUGACUAUGACCUCCAAACUGGAAAAAUUGGCAACCGUAGGAGUAUAUACAAGCUGGAAAAAGAGGAAAGCAUUCCUGAUGGGAUGUGCAUUGAUACAGAGGGCAAACUCUGGGUAGCUUGUUACGAUGGUGGGAGAGUGAUUCGUCUUGACCCUGAGACAGGAAAAAGACUCCAGACUGUGAAACUUCCCGUUGACAAGACAACUUCCUGCUGUUUUGGAGGAAAGGAUUAUUCUGAAAUGUAUGUGACUUCUGCCAGUGACGGGAUGGAUAAAGAGGGGCUUUCACGGCAACCACAGGCGGGCAGGGUUUUCAAGAUAACUGGGCUAGGGGUGAAAGGAGUCCCACCGUACCCAUUUGCGGGUUAAAUGUACACUCAUCAGAAUGGAUUGGAGAGGGCUGGUGUAAGCAAGACAAGUCCUUGAUGCUGGUGUUCAGCAUCUUUUGCUUUGAAUCUUAACACGAUUAAAGUAUCUCGUCAGGAGAGGAUGAAAAACUACUGAAGUAUAUGGAAUAUUUUAAAACCGAUCUUUUUUUCCCUUUAAACUCCUGGUUUAAAUAUCUGAUGGUGCUUUUUCUGUUGUGCUAAAGACUCUCACCCUAAUAAUCUGCUGAAUGUUGCAACUUUCUUUUGUGAUUAAACAAUGUUUUAAUAUCUUUUUAUUUUAUUGUUUAUUCUUUUGUCUUAUUUGCAACCAAUGCAAUAUUGAUUUAUCAAUUGAACUACUUGUAGUGUCUCUCUUAUGUAUUUUCAAAGUUCCUCAUAAAAUAUCCAUUUGUGGUUA